CAGAGCGGAGAAGAGACGGGGCCAGGCCUGGGAAUUCGUUCCCCGCUUCCCAUUCUUCCUAUGCAGACAGACACACAACAUGGCGGACUAGAAUAGUCAGCCGACGCGCCCGGAUACAGCGGAUAAACCGUGGGAUUUAACAUCCAGGAAGGCGAAGAAAAUACCUUCCAAAGAGACGCUAGAAAAGGGCGAAUUCCUGAUUUUUGGAGGGUGCGGUUUCUUUGCCUGGAUUUAUCGGAUAAACUGACUGUGAAGUGUUGGCAGUGGGUCCCAGAUCGUGCUUCCCUCCUCUGCUAUCACCCUGGUCCCCCCCCCCACCCCGCUCACAUUCUCGGUUCGUGGGGUGUGGAGAACGGGGCCGGGGUUGAAAACGUGGAAGACAGGAUAAAUUCCUACUUGGCCUUCAUUUUUUUUUUCUCCCCCUCGGGUUUCCUUUGGGCUCUACAGGAGUUGUGACCAGGCUGUGCGGAUGAGUGAUUGAUGCCAACUACGCUUCUUCAGGGCAGAAUGGGUGUGUGUGCCCUGCUCCUGCUGCUUGGUGUAGCCCUGGGGGCCUCAGCCCAAGAUCCUGUCCCUAUCACAGGUCCUCCAGAUAUCACUGCCAUACCCACAAAGCCCCCUACAGCACCCUCACUCAGCGAUACAGGUCGAGUAUCAGCUCGUACAGAUCCACCCACAAUGCUUGCCCCAACUGUCAUCACAUCAACAACAGUCACAACCACAACCACAACAACAACAACAGCACCAGCAACUACCACAGCCACAAUCCUAGCUGGUGAUCAGGACACACAACUUGGGACUUCAAAUGCCACAACUGAUGCCCCUCAGGCACCACCAACCACCGAGCCUUCACCUUCUACCAUCACACUGGGGGAAGAUGAUGAGUCCAGCCCCUCAGCUCCAGAGACCAUACCUCCUAUGAAAACCACAACAAAACCAUUCAACCCUGAUGGUGAUGAAGAUUCUGACGACAUGCCAAUCAUAGCCGUGAUGGUGGCCCUGUCCUCCCUGCUGGUCAUCAUCUUCAUCAUCAUAAUCCUCUACAUGCUCAGGUUUAAGAAGUACAAGCAAGCAGGGAGCCACUCAAACUCCUUCAGACUGACCAACGGUCGAUCAGAUGAUACAGAACUCCAGAGCGUGCCGCUAUUGGCUCGCUCACCCAGUACAAACAGGAAGUAUCCACCGCUUCCCGUGGACAAACUCGAGGAAGAAAUGAACCGUCGCAUGGCUGAUGACAACAAGCUCUUCAGAGAGGAGUUUAAUGCACUGCCGGUCUGCCCCAUCCAGGCAACAUGUGACGCUGCCUCUAAGGAAGAGAAUAAAGAAAAGAACAGAUAUGUGAAUAUCCUGCCAUACGAUCACUCCAGGGUGCAUCUCUCAUCUCUGGAGGGAGUCCCAGACUCUGACUUUAUCAACGCCUCCUUUAUAAAUGGUUACCAAGAGAAGAAUAAAUUUAUUGCAGCUCAAGGGCCAAAGGAGGAAACGGUAAAUGACUUCUGGCGGAUGAUCUGGGAGCAGAACACAGCCACAAUAGUCAUGGUGACCAAUCUGAAGGAGAGAAAAGAGUGUAAGUGUGCUCAGUACUGGCCGGACCAGGGCUGCUGGACAUAUGGGAACAUUCGGGUGUCUGUAGAAGACACAAUGGUUCUGGUGGACUACACUAUCCGCAAGUUCUGCAUCCAACAGGUGGGAGAUGUCUCUGGGAAGAAGCCUCAGCGGCUCAUCACCCAGUUCCACUUUACCAGCUGGCCAGACUUUGGGGUGCCCUUCACCCCCAUUGGCAUGCUUAAGUUCCUUAAGAAAGUCAAGGCCUACAACCCCCAGUAUGCUGGGGCAAUUGUUGUUCACUGCAGUGCGGGUGUGGGCAGGACGGGUACCUUUAUUGUGAUCGAUGCCAUGUUGGACAUGAUGAUUGCUGAAAGGAAGGUGGACGUGUUUGGCUUUGUCACCAGGAUAAGAGCCCAGCGCUGUCAGAUGGUUCAGACAGAUAUGCAGUACGUGUUUAUCUUCCAAGCGUUGUUAGAGCACUAUCUGUACGGAGACACAGAGCUAGAGGUGACCUCUUUGGAGUCCCACUUGGCCAAACUCUAUGCACCCUCACCUGGAGCUGGCUGCAGUGGUCUAGAGGCUGAAUUCAAGAAACUGACAUCCAUCAAGAUUCAGAAUGACAAGAUGAGAACGGGCAACCUUCCUGUCAACAUGAAGAAGAACAGAGUUCUACAGAUCAUUCCAUAUGAGUUCAACAGAGUGAUCAUUCCAGUCAAACGAGGAGAGGAGAACACCGACUACGUCAAUGCUUCUUUCAUUGAUGGCUACCGUCAGAAGGAUGCAUACAUGGCGAGCCAGGGGCCCCUGCAGCACACUAUAGAGGACUUUUGGAGGAUGAUCUGGGAGUGGAGAAGCUGCUCCAUAGUCAUGCUCACUGAGCUGGAGGAGAGAGGCCAGGAGAAGUGUGCUCAGUAUUGGCCCAGUGACACAGCAGUGGGCUAUGGAGACAUCUCUAUCGAGCUUAAAAGAGAGGAAGAGAAUGAGAGUUACACAGUGCGUGACCUCCUGGUCACCAACAACAGGGAAAACAAGACUCGAGUAGUGCGUCAAUUCCAUUUCCAUGGUUGGCCAGAGGUGGGCAUCCCCACUGACGGUAAAGGCAUGAUCAACUUAAUUGCUGCAGUGCAGAAACAACAGCAGCAAUCUGGCAACCACCCCAUCACUGUGCACUGCAGUGCCGGUGCUGGCCGGACGGGGACUUUCUGUGCUUUGAGUACAGUUCUGGAGCGAGUGAAGGCAGAAGGGAUCUUGGACGUCUUCCAAACAGUGAAGAGCCUCAGACUGCAGAGACCCCACAUGGUGCAGACACUGGAGCAGUACGAGUUCUGCUACAAAGUGGUUCAAGAAUACAUUGAUGCGUUUUCUGACUAUGCCAACUUCAAGUAGGGAACGAACAUGGAUGGAUGGAUGGAUGGAUGGAUUUCCACAUGCACUUCAUGAAAGCAUAUACACGCUCCAGAGCACACACAUUCAGUACGUUGCCAUGUAGAAAGCUGCGUAUCCCCAUCUGAUGGAUCUUUUAAAAAGACUCAUCACAGCUUGGGCUGUGGAUGGGAUGAACUGCCCGAAGGAAAAGGGAAAAGAGGUCUGCGCCCGAAGGACAGGGCAGUGCAGCUGGACAGAGAAAAUAACUGAGAUGCCUUCUUGAAUAUUUUGUAAUGUUAAUACGACACUCCACCCCUAUUUUGCUUUCCAUCUUCACCCCCCACCCCCC